CCACUCAGCCGGCACCGAGCGAUGGAGCGCUCUGCGGCGUGAGCCCCGGGAGCUCAGACCGGAGAAGGGCGAGCAGGGACAGCCACAGCAGGUGGAAAUCAGAUCCAGAGCCAACCGGGCGAGAAGGAAGUACCUGAGCGCGGCUUCUCCUCCACCCCUUCAGCUAACGAGAACUACUUUUACCCUCCUCGUAAAAGAGAGACUGGGGGAAGGUGAAGGCGAGCUGUGUUCUUAGGAAGGCUGCAGAGACUCCGGAGCAGGGCUAGCCGCCGCCCGGCACACCGAGCACAGCCAUCCUUGGGCUUCUGAAGAUAAACCCUUUCCGGAGCAUUCCAGCUGGAGUCGCUGGUACCGUUCUAUUUUUGUAUUUAAAUAUAUAUAUAUGCUCUUCGUCUCCCUUUUAAAAACACGGCCGUUUUGGGUAGCAGGAGUGACACGUGUCGGUACAGAGUGGGAAUAUUUACAGCUCUCUCUCUCAUUUGCUGUCACUUUCAGAGGGUAGGAGCGCUCUCUGUUUCUGAAACGGGCGUGUUAUUUGGAAACUCUGUUUUUCUACCUAUCUAUACAUUUCACACGCGCGAGCGUUUAGAAAGAGACAGCUCUUUUUAGCUUUUGGAGAUCCGAACCCUAGGGGGAAAAAAAAAAGAUGGAAAAGGGGGCUCGACAGCGAAACAACACCGCGAAGAACCACCCGGGUGAGAGCAGAUCCGACACCAGCCCGGAGGCCGAGGCUGGCUCCGGAGGGGGCGGAGUAGCCCUGAAGAAAGAGAUCGGAUUGGUCAGCGCCUGUGGUAUCAUUGUAGGGAACAUCAUCGGCUCUGGGAUCUUUGUCUCACCAAAGGGUGUGCUGGAGAACGCUGGCUCUGUGGGUCUUGCUCUCAUCGUCUGGAUCGUGACAGGUGUCAUCACAGCCGUAGGAGCCCUCUGCUACGCUGAACUGGGUGUCACCAUCCCUAAAUCUGGAGGUGAUUACUCCUACGUCAAGGACAUCUUCGGAGGACUGGCUGGGUUCCUGAGGCUGUGGAUUGCUGUGCUGGUGAUCUACCCCACCAACCAAGCUGUUAUCGCCCUCACCUUCUCCAACUAUGUGCUACAGCCGCUCUUCCCUACCUGCUUCCCCCCAGAGUCCGGCCUGCGACUCCUGGCUGCCAUCUGCUUGCUGCUGCUCACGUGGGUCAACUGCUCCAGUGUCCGAUGGGCCACCCGGGUUCAAGACAUCUUCACAGCUGGGAAGCUCCUGGCCCUGGCCCUGAUCAUCAUCAUGGGUGUUGUGCAGAUAUGCAAAGGAGAAUUCUUUUGGCUGGAGCCAAAGAAUGCAUUUGAGAAUUUCCAAGAACCCGACAUCGGCCUCGUCGCUCUGGCUUUCCUCCAGGGCUCCUUUGCCUACGGAGGCUGGAACUUCCUUAAUUACGUGACUGAGGAACUUGUGGAUCCCUACAAGAACCUUCCUAGAGCCAUCUUCAUCUCCAUCCCACUGGUCACAUUUGUGUAUGUCUUUGCCAACGUCGCGUAUGUCACUGCAAUGUCCCCCCAGGAGCUGCUGGCCUCCAAUGCAGUCGCCGUGACUUUUGGAGAGAAGCUUCUGGGGGUCAUGGCCUGGAUCAUGCCCAUUUCUGUUGCCCUGUCCACAUUCGGAGGAGUCAACGGCUCACUCUUCACCUCCUCCCGGCUGUUCUUUGCUGGAGCCAGAGAAGGCCACCUUCCCAGCGUGUUGGCCAUGAUCCACGUGAAGCGCUGCACCCCAAUCCCAGCACUGCUCUUCACAUGCCUCUCCACGCUGCUGAUGCUGGUCACCAGUGACAUGUACACACUCAUCAACUACGUGGGCUUCAUCAACUACCUCUUCUACGGGGUUACAGUUGCGGGACAGAUAGUUCUUCGCUGGAAGAAGCCUGACAUCCCCCGCCCCAUCAAGAUCAGUCUGCUGUUUCCCAUCAUCUACUUGCUGUUCUGGGCCUUCCUGCUGAUCUUCAGCCUGUGGUCAGAGCCGGUAGUGUGUGGCAUUGGCCUGGCUAUCAUGCUGACAGGGGUACCUGUCUACUUCCUGGGUGUCUACUGGCAACACAAACCCAAGUGUUUCAAUGACUUCAUUGAGUUGCUAACCCUAGUGAGUCAGAAGAUGUGUGUGGUCGUGUAUCCUCAGAUGGAGGGGGACUCAGGGACGGCGGAAGCCACUGUCGAUGACAUGGAGGAGGAACUGCAGAAGCCCAUGUUCCAGCCUACUCCUGUCAAGGACCAGGACUCAGAGGAACAGCCCUGAGGACUGCCUUCCCUUUAACUGACCACUCCCUCCCUCCUUCAUCCUUUCUGUCCUGCAUCCCUGCCUAGGUCCCCCCAACACACACACACACACACACACACACACACACACACACACACACACACACACCCCUAUACUCCCGUCAGGCAGGGGCGAGACCCAAGUGUCCAUGAUGACAAAUUCUAAACACUGACCUUUGUACCCAAAGAACCUGCUUCCAGCACCAAGACCCACAGUCAAGGUCAGUGCCCCGGGGCCUGCACACACUCCAAGGGUUCUAGGAGAGUGGAGGUGCCAUGGGUACCCUACCAAAACUCAUGCCCUUUUAGGUGCCUCUAAGAAACCCGGUUCACCCCUGCUUCCCUUCCUUGCUCUGAGCCCAGGUGAAACUUCAGCUAGGAAGGAGGUAGCAGCCACGGGAAGGUGGUUGGGCAAGGCAAAGCAAACACAAGUGUCCCCACUCACUGUCAGCUGGAGAUGACGCUCAAAUGCCUCCUCAUUCCCCGGGGACCCAGAAGACAGAGGGUUCACUCCACCCUGUACCGCUACCACUCCACUGCCCAGAAACUUCCCCUUCAGGAUGCCUCCUCCCCACUGAGCUAAGGACCAAGAAGGAGGACCACCCCACCCCCUAGCUCUAAGCCAAGCCUGUGGAAUACAUAGGGGAGGGCUCAGACCUCAGAAGCCCAGCAGCUACCCCUGCUCCUGCUCCUGCCUCCUGUCCCCUCGUGGUGCCAAAGCUCCCUGCAGCCAGAAAGGCUUCUUAUGUUCAGUCUAAUAGACACCUCUCUCUCUCUUAAGGGCAAAGCAACUCAGCUACUCCCCCUACCCCUAUGUGAAAGAGCUUAAAGAGAGAGCGGUGGCCCUCUUGUCAUCCCAGCAGCUCUUCCCACCCACAACACUGCCAGCCACCAUCACCCAUUAAUCCCCUGGACCUUGGCUCAAGAACGAGGCAAGAAGGAUCCCCAAGCCCUUCAGGCCUGAAAUUAAGAGUCAAACCAGCCUUAAGUCAUCUCCCAUCCAAGAAAUGGGCCUAAAAAUGCUCCCUUGUUCUACCCUUCAGGUCAGACCUGGUGUUAAAUGCCUUCCCCGGAAGGAAGGGUGUCCCCCACCUCCCGCCCCAGAGGUGCUCAGCCCUCACCCUGGGGAGACCAUGUUGAGGAGGGGGGGGGCGGUUCUGAAGGCUAGUUUCUCUCCCCUCCCCCGACUCAAAUGAUCCCAACACCAUCCUGCCAUCCCAUUGAGACAAGAUGGAAGGACAGUGGCAGAUGGCACUCCCUUUGGAGACCUCAGAAAAGCCCCUUCCAUGAGAGCUGCUGACCUGUGCUCUACAGGAAGGUCACAGUGUCUGCCUUGUCCUGAAAGCCUCCACACCUGCUCUGCUAAGGACAGGAUCCUUAGGUCACAAAGCAGAACCCCAACCCCCAUUCCAUCUACUUAAACUGGAAUACCCCUGGGCCUUUUCCUGGCCCCUGUCAGGUCUCCUAACUUCCCACCUACCUCACCUAACCCCUAACAGGUGAGAGGCUGGGUUUGGGCUGAAUUAUGGCCCUUCAGAGUGCGUCCAGGCAGGCUGUGAGGCCUCUGGGGGACCAGGGACCAUCCCUCUACCCUGUCUUCUCAUUCCUCUGGCCUCUACCUACGCCCUCCUUGGAUUAUUAUCUUUUUUUUUUAAAGUGGUUGCCUUACUUUUUGGAUAAAUAUUUUUGAAGCUGGCAUUUCUAUUUCUUUUGGAUUUUUUUAAUGUAUGGUGGUUUCGGGGGCAGAGCUAGACCCUUAAUAAUCUGUCACUGAGUUCAUUUAAGUUUUAUUGGUUUGUUUUGUGGAGUGUUUUCUUUUCAAGUAAUAAAAUU